UUUCCACGGUGGGCUGAUCCAGCGGCUCUUCCGGUGGAGACGUGGCUCUGCGCUGCUGCCAUAUUGACGCUAACUAGCUAACAAUCACACAACUAGAAGUCAGCUGUAUAUUCGCACCUUGCUAUUCCAGAGGGACGAGGAAUCACCAAAGCAAGAAACGCGAGAGACUGACGACCGUCGUGCCGUAGAGAGAGACCACAAUGGUGCUGUUGGCAGCGGCGGUGUGCACCAAGGCCGGCAAGGCCAUCGUAUCGCGGCAGUUUGUGGAAAUGACCCGGACACGGAUUGAGGGUCUCCUAGCUGCGUUUCCUAAACUGAUGAACACGGGCAAGCAGCACACCUUUGUGGAAACAGACAGCGUUCGCUAUGUGUACCAGCCACUGGAGAAGCUCUACAUGGUCCUCAUCACCACCAAGAACAGCAACAUCCUGGAGGACCUGGAGACACUCAGACUGUUUUCCCGUGUGAUCCCAGAGUACUGUCGUGUGCUGGAGGAGAGUGAAAUAUCGGAGCACUGUUUCGAUCUGAUCUUCGCCUUCGAUGAGAUCGUUGCACUGGGCUAUAGAGAGAACGUCAACUUGGCUCAGAUCCGCACCUUCACAGAGAUGGACUCCCAUGAGGAGAAGGUGUUCCGCGCCGUCAGGGAGACUCAGGAGCGCGAGGCCAAGGCAGAGAUGAGGAGGAAGGCCAAGGAACUGCAGCAGGCCAGGAGGGACGCUGAGCGCUCCGGGAAGAAGGUGCCAGCUUUUGGCGGGUUUGGCAGCGCUGGCAUGACCAGUGUGUCCUCAGGGACCAUCAUCACAGACACCAUCAUCGAGCCAGAGAAGCCCAAGAUCACAGCGGCUCCAGUCAGACCAAGUGGACCCAGUAAGGCUCUGACUGGGGCUAAAGGGAAAGAGGUGGACAAUUUUGUUGACAAGCUCAAGUCUGAGGGUGAAACCAUCAUGCCCACCACAGGAAAGAGGGGAUCCGAUGUUUCGAAAGUUCUGCCCCCACCAGUCAACAUGGAGAGUGUGCAUCUGCGUGUGGAGGAGAAGAUCACGUUGACCUGUGGCCGUGAUGGCGGCCUACAGAACAUGGAGGUGCUGGGUAUGGUGACGCUCCGAGUCACAGACGACAAAUAUGGACGCAUCCGCCUGAUUAUCAAUAACAAUGAUGGCAAAGGAUUGCAACUGCAGACACAUCCUAAUGUGGACAAGAAGUUGUUCACAGCUGAGUCUGUGAUUGGCCUGAAGAACCCGGAGAAGUCCUUCCCUCUUAACAAUGAUGUGGGUGUGCUGAAGUGGAGACUACAAACCACAGACGAGUCCCUCAUACCUCUAACCAUAAACUGCUGGCCGUCAGAGAGUGGGACUGGCUGUGAUGUCAACAUUGAAUAUGAGCUGCAGGAGGAGAACCUUGAGCUCAAUGACGUGGUCAUCAGCAUCCCUGUACCGUCUGGAGUGGGAGCUCCGGUGAUCGGUGAUCUGGAUGGAGAGUACAAACACGACAGCAGGCGAAACAUCCUCGAGUGGUGCCUACCUGUCAUUGAUGCCAACAACAAGACGGGCAGCCUGGAAUUCAGCAUCGCUGGGCAGCCCAAUGACUUCUUUCCUGUCAGCCUGUCCUUUGUGUCUAAGCGCAACUACUGCGACAUCCAGGUUACCAAAGUGACUCACGUAGACGACGACAGCUCCAUUAGAUUCUCUUCAGAAACCUCCUUUGUCGUCGACAAUAUGAAAUCCUGUAAACCUGUUCAAAGAAAAAAAAUUGAAAAAACAAAAUCACCAACAAAAAAAAGUCUAAAUCUAUGCUUCACAGAAAGAUUGAAGAUCUCUCGCCUGCCCACCCUGCAUACACUAUGAGACUGUGAACAUCGACAGGACUCAGUCAG